CAAUGAUCCUGCUACUUUAUUUGCUUGUGCAUUAGUUAAUAGAGAAUGGUGUAAAAUUGCAACGAGCAUCUUAUGGCGUGAUUCCUGGAGAUAUAAAAAAAGCUUUCAAUUACCAGGUAAUGAAAAAAUUCAAAUGAUUUCAAUAUUUCUUGAAUCAUUACCACAAUAUCAUUUAAAUACAAUUGAAAGGAAGAUUGGUAUCCUUAUAAUGCCUAGAAAAACAUUAUUCAACUAUGCCAAAUUUGUAAGACAUAUAAGAAUUCGUAGCUUGGAAUGGCAUUUAACAAAGUGGGUUCAACACAAUGCAGGAUAUUAUAUUAAUGAAGAUAGUCCGGACUUACGAAAAAAAGUUACAAUUAUCAGUCAAAUAUUAUUAGAACAUAUUCUUAGAUCAACACCAACAAUAUAUGGGUUAAACGUCAAUAGCGAAAAUUAUACUUCAGGAUCUUUAACAUCUGCUAUAAGAAAUGUGCCUAGCGCAAAAAUUUCUUUAGCCAAUGUCAAAAUCUUCACAUUUGGUAAAAUAUGGACAACGAUGCCAAGAUUAUUUGAAAUUCUUUCAACAAUUUGUUAUAAAAUUAAUACAUUGGAAAUUUGUCCAUCUCAGGAUAUUAAAUAUACAGCUAGAUUAAUUAAUAAUCAAAUCAAUAUAAAAUCGCUCACACUUGUUGAUACGCCUUCUAUAAGACUAAAUCGGCAUGAAACAAAAAAUGAAUAUACUUGGGAUAAUGAAAUAUUUAGUGCGUUAUUAUAUAAGGCUAAAACUGUAACUCAACUUACGUUAAAAAACAUUCAUUUAUCAUCUCUAAAGGAAUUGAAUUACUUUGAAAAUCUAGAGGAAUUGUAUAUUACAAAUUAUGUGGGAGAUAUUUCCCAAAAAAAUUUUCAAGAUUUAUCAGAGAUUUCCUUAAAAAAGCUAAAAAAUUUUUUUAUUAUUUCUUUAUUUUCAGAAACUUAUUUGAAAAAUCUUUGCAAAUUUAUAAAAAAUUCCAAAGAAUUAACGCAUCUUAAAAUUCAAGGGUGUAAAUUGCAUGACCCUGAUUAUUCAAUGACAUGGAUAAACUCUUUAGCUAAAAAUAAUAGAAAUCUUGUUUCUUAUGAAGGACCUAUUGGAUCAAAUGAUGUAGUAGCAUUAUGGAUAUUUUUAGAUUCUUGUAAAAGUCUUCAGAAAUUACAUUUUCAAUGCAACAACUAUAAUUCCUUCACUUCAAAUAAAGACUUGAAAAGUUUUGACAAUAUACUAAGAGAACUUACAAGAAAACAACCCGUAGCUUUGAGAAAACUAAUAGUAGGUAAAGGCUGGACUGUUUCUUGUAAAGGAGUUGAAAAUUUCAUAAAAUGUCGGAAGAAUUUGUUUGUGCCAAUUAGAUUUGAAUGGGAUCCACAUACGGUAAUUAUUGGGAAUAUAAAUGAAUUAACUAAAAGAUAUUGCGGAGUAAUUAAUAAGGUCCAUAAAAAUUAACCCAAUUUUUAACUAGAAUCAAAUAAUCAUUUCAGUUAUAUGUAUUUUUUCCUUUAACAUGUAAAAAUUUUAUAUAUAAAUUAAUAAAUUAGAAUAAUAAAUUAAGAGAAUUACUAA